GAACCAACUCCUCCUCUACUCUCCCAAUCUUCGUCAGCCACGCAUGAUUCUCGUGCUUAUCGCCCGAACCACCACGGACGAAUCUCCACCCUUGGAUUUCUCCUUAACCAAUUUCCAGCCGUCCAUCGCACUACGGCGAAGCGAAUCGACGGCUGUUGAGUUCCUGUCCCGUCUCUGUCGAGUUCACCUCUGCUGAUUUAUUAUAGGUUGCUGACACUUGCCAAGUUCAGCUGUAGUGUUUUCUGCGCCAUGGAUGUUUGAAGCAAAGCACUCUCCGAGGUCUCGAUUCAGUGUAACUCCUUGAAUCAUUCAAGCGGCGAUGUCAGCGUCGGAGAGAGAGUCGGCGGCGGCGGCGGCAGUUCGGGAGGUGGAUCCGUUGCUGAAAGACCUGAGCGAGAAAAAACAAAGUUUCCGGCGGAACGUGGUGUCGUUGGCGGCGGAGCUCAAGGAGGUGCGCAGCCGCCUGGCUUCUCAACAGCAGUCGUUUGCCAAAGAAGCCCUAAUUAGACAGGAAGCAGAAAUCAAAGCCAAGGAGAUGGAGGAGGAGAUACGUAUGCUGGAAAAGAGCUUAGAGGAGAAAAAUUUGCAGCUGCAGGCUUCAACAUCCGCUUCUGAAAUGUAUGCCAAGGAAUUGGAGGAUCUAAGACAGCAGCUUUUAGCAACUAGAGCAACUGCAGAUGGGAGUGCACGAUCUGCGCAAUCAGCGCAAUCACAGUGUUCAGCUCUGGUGAAAGAGUUACACGAGAAGAAUUACACUCUAAAAGAACACGAGGAUCGUGUUAAUAAGCUUGGACAACAGCUAGAUCUACUGCAGAAGGAUCUCCAAGCCAGAGAAUCUUCUCAAAUGCAACUCAAAGACGAAGUCACGAGAAUUGAACAUGAGAUCGUGCAAGCAUUAACCAAAGCAGGAGCAGAUAAUGAUUGUGAACUUCGAAGAAUCCUAGAUGAGGUCUCCCCAAAAAACUUUGAUAAGAUUAAUAAGCUCUUGGUGGUAAAAGACGAAGAAAUUACUAAGCUGAGAGAUGACAUCCGAGUUAUGUCAGCACAUUGGAAGGUUAAAGCUGAAGAGUUGGAAUCUCAGUUGGACAAGCAUCGAAGGAUUGAUCAAGACAUGAAAAAGAAAGUUUUGAAGUUGGAGUUUUGCCUCCACGAAGCACGGUCCCAAACUCGCAAGCUCCAAAGAAUGGGAGAGCGAAGGGACAAAGCUCUGAAGGAGCUGAGAGAUCAGCUGGCAGCCCAACAACCAAAUAUGUCAGAGUCUCCGAGCAGCGAGAAGAAAAAUUUCUGGGACACACCGGGGUUCCGGAUUGCAGCUUCGCUAUCAAUGUUGAUCAUGGUAAUGUUCUCAAAGAGCUCUAAAGAGCAACAAUGGCGGCCGCGAUGAUGCAGCAGAUCAAUGGCUGCAGGCGGCUGCCGGAUACUGCCGCCGCCGCGGAAGUGUCUGUAGUGGUGUUUGCAGGGCUUUCACCGAUCCCGCCGGAGGGGAAUACUC